AUCAGAAUUUUACAACUGUUUGAAGUGAUUUGAAUUUAGUUUGGGUGUUUUGUUGUGUGACAGUUUUUAUAUUUUUUUUCUGUGACAAUGAAGGUUUUCGUUUGUUUGCUGCUUGUCGCAGCUAUUGCUGAGCUCACCCACGCUGGAAUAAUUCUAUCAAGUGGCGGUGGUGGAUGGAGCGGUGGCGGUGGUAGUGGCUGGAAAUCUGGCUGGAGCUCCGGUGGUGGCGGAUACGGAGGUGGUGGAUGGAAAUCUGGAGGUGGUGGUGGAUGGAAUCCAGGUUGGAGCUCUGGCUGGAGCUCUGGUGGUGGUGGCGGAUACGGAGGCGGUAGCGGUGGUGGUGUAAAAAUCAUCAAGAUAAUCACAACUAGCGGUGGUGGUGGCGGCCACGGUGGAUGGAGCAGUGGUGGUAGCGGAUGGAGUGGUAGCAGUGGAUGGAAACCAAGCGGAUGGUCCUCAGGUGGUUCAGGCUGGAGCAGCGGUGGUGGUAGUGGAUGGUGGUAAGAAGUGAUGAAGAUAAAGCUACAAAGUGAUACACCAAAAAAAAAACAUCUCAAUCUUUUCAAAAUCAUUUCUUCUGCAAGAA